AUGGAACCACCUCCCUCGCGAGUCCCAAGACGAUGGACACCAGAGGAAGAUGCGGUCCUGCGGACAGAGGCGACCUACCAAUGUCGAAUGAACAAGGACUGCCGCAAGAGAUGGAGCAAGAUAUCGGAGAAUGUGAGGAAGGGUAACUGGGCGGCAGCUGAAGAUGCGAAACUCAGAGACGCUGUUGCCGCAAUCGGAACAAGAUGGACUCAAGUCGCAGAAAUGGUUGGUACUCGACAUGCCGAUCAAUGUGCCAAGCGCUGGACCCAAUGCCUUGAUCCCUCUAUCGACCACAGUGACUGGAGAGAAGAGGAAGAUAAUAGGCUGCUAGCAGAGGUCGCUGCUUCUGGUCGAGACUGGAGGAAGAUUGCAGAGUUGUUCCCUGGCCGUACCAAGUUGGCACUCAAGAAUCGGUACACGGCUCUCAGACGAAAGCAGCACUCUCAACAGAUAGCAAGCAAUAGCCAGAGCCCUCAGCCGCACCCAAGUUUUUCCACCCAGGUUCAUCGAUCAGGGAGAGACGAAUUGAUGCAACUAUCGGACGAGCUUCCCUCGAGUGAGGAGGAGAUCUGUUCUUCGAUGGGAUCGACGAGGCCGCCAUCACGUUCCUCGAACCACAGCAAGAAAUCUCAAAGCCAGGCUGACAAUUUCAAUAUGGCCAUGGAUCCAUUGUCGGGGUUGACGACUCCGGCUAGUCAUACCGACUCAAGCGAGUUAUUUCAGUAUAUGCCGCACACUCCCAAUCAGAACUUCGGCUUUCAACAUCGCCACAGCAUCGACCAUUCGCUCCUGGACUCAAGCAACUUUUCACCGUUGAAUUUGUCGAUGAGCGAGCCCAUGUUGACACCUCGACCUGAAUACAUGCCAACGUCCAUGCUUGAUGCCACGUACCCGGUGCAUGCUUCAAGUCUCCCAAAUGAGUGGCUUUCCGGGGGCCAAGCUUCGAACCAACACAUCCAAGGCUAUCCAUUCCCCGAAUCUUUUGAUAUUUCGUCCAUGAGUGGGGUCGAUCGACAUUAUGUGCCUCAACAAACAUCUUUGAGGAAGACCACCAUUGUGCUCGAGGAUAUCGAGGAGACCACAUUGAGCAAGGUCAUGAAUAUCCUUAUCCAAGAUAAAGCAAAAGUGAGGAUGGAGACAACGCACUCGGACCGAUCUUCAUAA